GCUUGAGCUGGGCCUGGAAAAGGUAAAUAAAAUAUGAUAAGGAUUCGGAAGGGAGAGGCUGAGUGGAGUAAGGGCCUGCAGACAGGUUUGAAAGGAUUAGUAUAAGACCAGAACAGGUCAUAUAACAGAGUUCAGGGUGGAAGGAAAUGGAAAUACGCCUUAAAAAAAGACUGAAGCCAGACUCAGGCUAAGAAGUCUGGAAUUUAUUUAUUGACUUACAUGAGAAUCAUCUAGAAGGCUUGUUUAAAAUACAGAUCCCUGGCCCCACCCCAGACCCACUGAAUCCUCUCUGAAAGUGGGGCUCAGGAAUCUGCACCCCAGGUUAUUCUGAUGCAGGUCGUUGGUGGGCUACUGUGAUAUUAAAUGAGGACUCAUGGAAAAUUUUUGGAAAGGUAACUGAUCAAGUAAUAUUUAAGCAAAGUUAAUCUGGAGGUUGCUUGCAGAGUGGAAUUAGGAAGGGCAGACCCUGGAGACACAAACUUCAGUCUGGAAGCUGUUGCAGUAGUCCAGAUCUGGGAUGGUGGUGGAAAUGAAAGGAGGAGGCAUGCCAUGAAGAAAGAAUCUCUUAAGUUUUGUGACUGGUUUGGCUUUGGAGAUUAAGAGAAAGGAAGAAAUCAGAAGUGACUUAAGUUUUCCUCUUCGGUGACUGAGAGAAAGAAGGUUCCACUGAAAGAAAUUGGAACGUCAAGAGUGCAGAGGUAGGGAAUUCCCUGGAGGUCCAGUGGUUAGGACUUGGCACUUGCACUGCCGGGGUCCGGGUUCAGUUCCUGGUUGGGGAACUGAGAUGCUGCAAGCCUUAAGGCGUGGCCAAAAAAAAGAGUGCAGAGCUCAUCUGACAAGCUGGGCUGAAGUGGUUGGACUUGCCUGUGGAAAAGGGAGAAGACAGUUGGCGAUGAGGACACCGAGCUUGAGAGAAGUCGGGUCUGAAAAGUGACUCUUCUGUUGCAGGCUGACGGACCUCAAGGAUGCGGCUGCUACUGCUGGCGGUACGAGGCACCUUACCUGAGCUGGGCCAUGAGGCCGCGUGGCUGUGAUGUGGGCUCCUCAUGGCCUCAGCAAGAACAGAGCACUACAGUAUUGGCCUCCGCCGGGGAAACAGCUUUAAGCCGAGUGGGCCCUCAGGCACAGUGCCUACCCCACCACCUGAGAAACCCUCUGAGGGCAAAGUCUGGGCUCAGGCUCAUCAGCAGGUGAAGCCAAUCUGGAAGCUGGAGAAGAAGCACGUGGGAACACUUUCAGCAGGGUUGGGCCCAGGCCUCUUGGGUGUCCCACCGCAGCCUGCAUACUUCUUUUGCCCCAGCACUUUAUGUAGCUCCGGGAGCACGGCUGUCAUUGCAGGCCACAGCAACUCCUGUUACCUGCACUCCCUCCCGGACCUAUUCAGCAGCACCCUGCUCUACCGCCGUUCCAACUACGGCCACAGACCAUACCAGCAGCUGGAGUCUUUCUGCUUGCGUUCAAGCCCGUCAGAAAAAAGACCUUUUUCUCUCCCUCAAAAGAGCCUCCCUAUCAGACUCACUGCCAAUAAGGCCACUUCUUCCAAGGUCUCCGCCAUGGCAUCCUCAUCCACAGAACCAUACCUCUCACUGGGAGCGGCUGGGGAAAAUCCUUCAGGGAAGAGCCUGGCCUCUGCCAUCUCAGGGAAGACCCCAUCUCCACUCUCCUCUUCUUCCUCUUCCUACAAGCCCAUGCUAAAUAACAACUCCUUCAUGCGGCCAAAUAGCACUGAAGUGCCUUUAUUGCAGGCCACAGAAGGCCUGAAGCCAGUAUCCUCACCGAAGGUCCAGCUUGUCUCCUGGCAUCAUUCAGGGGGCACUGGAGACUGUGCACUCCAGCCUAUUGAGCACAAGGUGCCCAAGAGCAGUGGCACUGUCCUAGAUGAUGACCCUUCCCACAGCACCCUGUUUACCCCCAGUUCCUUAGACGCUUCCACCACCAGUGCUGCCUCUCCCCACUACAACUGGAGUAACUUAGCCACAGGGGCAGAGCCACAUCCCUAUGGCCUGGAUGGGGACUCUGUUGCCCAGAAUCUGACUAAGGAGGUUCGGUUCACUGAGGCCGUGAGGAAGUUGACUGCAAGAGGCUUUGAGAAGAAGCCAAGGCAAGGCUACCAUUUUGAACAGUCUUAUUUCAUGAACCCCAGCUUGCAGUGGGAGGUCCUCAACAGGAACAGGUGGUGGAAACCAGCUGUGGUAGGCCAGCAGCUCCCUCAGGAGAAUGCUGGAGCAGACAGUAGGGUCCUCCCUGGAGCCUCGGACACCAUGGAACUGGACAGUACAGUCUUCUGUACCAAACGCAUCAGCAUUCACCUCCUUGCCUCACACGCCAGUGGGCUCAGCUGCAGCCCUGCCUGCGGAUCUGCGAUCGACUCCCCACCUCUUGGAGAAGACAAAACUCCAGCUCUGCCUUCUCCCCCUCAGCCCCUUGGUGUGGCCGAGGUGGCCACCCGCCUCUCUUCCAUCCAUCUGGGCAAGCUUGGGAGGGAGGAGCCUAAGGAAGCCAGGAAGCUGGGCUCACCUGCUAGGGAUAUUGGGGGCAUGAUUCUUUCUUAUAGUUCAGCUACUGACCUCCAGCUAGACCAGGUUGAAGCUGAAGAUCUGGAAGAAGAGCUAAUAGAUGGUUUGGAAGACUGCUGCAACCAUGAUGAGAAUGAAGAGGAGGAGGGAGACUCAGAGUGCUCCUCAUGCAGUGCUGUUUCCCCCAGCGAGUCAGUAGCAGUGAUCUCUCGGAACUGUAUGGAGAUUCUGACCAAACCCCUUUCCAAUGAGAAAGUUGUCCGACCAGCCCUCAUCUACAGUCUCUUUCCCAACGUGCCCCCUACCAUCUAUUUUGGCACUCCGGAUGAGAGAGUGGAGAAACUUCCCUGGGAGCAGAGGAAGCUGCUCCGGUGGAAGAUGAGCACAGUGACCCCCAACAUUGUCAAGCAGACCAUUGGACGGUCCCACUUCAAAAUCAGCAAGAGGAAUGAUGACUGGCUGGGCUGCUGGGGUCACCACAUGAAGUCUCCUAGUUUCCGAUCCAUUCAGGAGCAUCAGAAGCUAAACCACUUCCCAGGUUCAUUCCAGAUUGGGCGAAAGGACCGACUGUGGCGGAACCUGUCCCGCAUGCAGAGCCGGUUUGGCAAGAAGGAGUUCAGUUUCUUCCCUCAGUCCUUCAUCCUGCCCCAGGAUGCCAAGCUUCUGCGCAAAGCCUGGGAGAGCAGCAGCCGCCAAAAGUGGAUUGUUAAACCACCAGCAUCUGCUCGAGGCAUUGGCAUCCAGGUCAUUCACAAGUGGAGUCAGCUCCCCAAGCGAAGGCCCCUUCUGGUACAGAGGUAUCUCCACAAACCCUACCUCAUCAGCGGCAGCAAGUUCGAUCUGCGAAUCUAUGUUUACGUCACCUCCUAUGAUCCUCUACGGAUUUACCUCUUUUCAGAUGGACUCGUCCGCUUUGCCAGUUGCAAGUAUUCCCCUUCCAUGAAGAGCCUUGGCAACAAGUUCAUGCACCUGACCAACUACAGUGUCAAUAAAAAGAAUGCCGAGUACCAGGCCAAUGAAGAUGAAACGGCCUGCCAGGGCCACAAAUGGGCACUGAAGGCUUUAUGGAGCUACCUGAGCCAGAAGGGAGUCAACAGUGAUGCCAUCUGGGAGAAGAUAAAGGACGUUGUUGUCAAAACGAUCAUCUCGUCAGAACCCUAUGUGACCAGCCUGCUGAAGAUGUACGUGCGGCGGCCCUACAGCUGCCACGAGCUCUUCGGUUUCGACAUCAUGCUGGAUGAGAACCUCAAGCCCUGGGUCCUGGAAGUCAACAUCUCCCCAAGCCUCCACUCCAACUCUCCACUGGACAUCAGCAUCAAAGGCCAGAUGAUCCGUGACCUUCUGAACCUGGCGGGCUUUGUUCUGCCCAGCACAGAGGAUAUCGCUUCCAGCUCCAGUAGCUCCACCAGCUCCACCACCAGCCUGCCCAGCUCCCCCAGGGACAGAUGUCGAAUGGCCCCGGAGUACUUCACUGCACAGAAGAUGAAGAAAGCCUAUUACCUGACCCAGAAAAUUCCUGAUCAGGACUUCUAUUCAUCUGUGCUGGAUGUCCUGACGCCAGAUGAUGUUCGGGUUCUGGUUGAGAUGGAGGAUGAGUUUUCUCGCCGUGGUCAAUUUGAACGAAUUUUUCCUUCUCGAAUCUCUUCUCGCUAUCUCCGCUUUUUUGAGCAGCCACGAUAUUUCAACAUUCUCACCACCCAGUGGGAGCAGAAGUACCAUGGCAACAAGCUCAAAGGAGUAGAUCUGCUUCGGAGUUGGUGCUACAAAGGGUUCCACACAGGAGCCAUCUCUGAUUCUGCUCCAGUGUGGACUCUCCCGACAUCAAUUCUGACUGUCCCAAAGGGUGAUGCGACACUCAAUGAUUUCUCCAAAUCGGAGACUGGCAAGCUGGGAAAACAUGGCUCCUCCAAGGGAAGCAUACCACUCUCUGAAGAUGGGACCAUGCCCAAGCCCACGAAGACCCAAGCUGGCCUUUCCCCUUUCCCCAGGAAACCCAGUUCCUCAAAGGACAGUGAGGACACCAGCAAAGAGCCCAGCCUCUCCACACAGACGUUACCCUUGAUCAAGUACUCUGGUCAGACUUCGAGGCUUUCUGCCUCCCCCACCUCCCAGUCAGCUGGUGACUCCCUCCUGGCUGCUGUGAGCCUGUGACGGGCCUCUCUCCACUAGCCCCUGCCCAGGUGCACCAGCGUUAGCUACCUCAUGGGAACCGGCCGGCCGGCCAGCCUGAGCUCCCACCCCUCCACCUCGCCCCUCCUCCGAGUAUUUUUUGAAGUGGUUGAGUUGUAGAGGGAGGUGUCUGGCGGGCUGGAGGGGUGGUGGGGAGGAGGACGAGGUGAGGAAGGUUCACUGGCUGGCACCUCAUAUCUCAGCGGAGAAGCCAAUGAUGGCCACUCAGCCUUAUAAAGCAGGGUUUGGUUUCUA